AUGCUGGGCAUGUACGUGCCGGACAGGUUCUCCCUGAAGUCCUCCCGCGUUCAGGACGGCAUGGGGCUCUACACGGCCCGCCGCGUGAGGAAGGGUGAAAAGUUUGGACCAUUUGCUGGAGAGAAGAGAAUGCCUGAAGAUUUGGAUGAAAAUAUGGAUUACAGGUUGAUGUGGGAGGUUCGGGGGAGUAAGGGAGAAGUCCUGUACAUUUUGGAUGCUACCAACCCGAGACACUCCAACUGGCUUCGCUUUGUUCACGAGGCACCAUCUCAGGAGCAGAAGAACCUGGCUGCCAUCCAAGAAGGAGAAAACAUCUUCUAUUUGGCAGUUGACGAUAUAGAAACAGAUACGGAGCUGCUGAUUGGCUGCCUGGACAGCGACAUGGAGGCUGAUGAGGAAGAACAGCAAAUGACGACAGGGAUCAGUGAAGAGGAAGGUAAAAUUUCUAAAGGACAGUCAACAGCUAGCAGAAAAGAUCGCUUUGGCUGUAAAGAGGACUAUGCCUGUCCCCAGUGUGAAUCGAGUUUUACCAGUGAGGAAAUUCUUGCCGAGCAUCUUCAGACAUUGCACCAGAAACCCACAGAGGAGAAAGAAUAUAAGUGCAAGAGCUGUGGGAAGAAAUUCCCAGUUAAGCAGGCUUUGCAAAGACAUGUUCUUCAGUGCUCAGCGAAAAGCAGUCUGAAGGAUUCCUCACGAAGUUUUCAGUGCUCUGUUUGCAAUUCUUCCUUCAGCUCAGCAUCGAGUUUUGAACAGCACCAGGAGAUGUGCCAGGGAGAUGCCAGGUUUGUGUGUAAGGCGGACAGCUGUGGGAAGAGGCUGAAGAGCAAGGAAGCCCUGAGGAGACACCAGGAGAAUGUUCACACCGGGGAUCCUAAGAAAAAACUCAUAUGUACAGUGUGCAAUAAAAAGUGUUCUUCAGCUUCAAGCCUGCAGGAACAUAGGAAGAUUCAUGAGAUAUUUGAUUGUCAAGAAUGUAUGAAGAAAUUCAUUUCAGCAAAUCAGCUAAAGCGUCAUAUGAUCACCCAUUCAGAAAAACGACCCUAUAAUUGUGAGAUUUGUAAUAAAUCUUUCAAGAGGCUUGACCAAGUGGGUGCCCACAAAGUGAUACACAGUGAAGAUAAACCUUACAAGUGCAAGCUCUGUGGAAAGGGAUUUGCUCACAGAAAUGUUUACAAGAAUCACAAGAAGACCCACUCGGAGGAGAGGCCGUUCCAGUGUGAGGAGUGUAAAGCUCUCUUCCGGACUCCAUUUUCUUUGCAGAGACACCUGCUUAUACAUAACAGUGAGAGGACAUUCAAGUGUCAUCACUGUGAUGCUACCUUUAAAAGAAAGGACACCUUGAAUGUUCAUGUCCAGGUGGUCCACGAAAGACACAAGAAGUACAGAUGUGAGCUGUGUAAUAAGGCAUUUGUUACACCUUCAGUGCUUAGAAGUCAUAAGAAAACGCAUACAGGAGAAAAGGAGAAGAUCUGUCCAUAUUGUGGCCAGAAGUUUGCCAGCAGUGGAACGCUGAGAGUUCACAUCCGUAGCCACACAGGUGAGCGUCCCUAUCAGUGCCCUUACUGUGAGAAAGGAUUCAGUAAAAAUGACGGCUUGAAGAUGCACAUUCGUACUCACACCAGGGAGAAGCCGUACAAGUGCUCGGAAUGCGGCAAGGCCUUCAGCCAGAAGCGCGGCCUGGACGAGCACACGAGGACGCACACCGGGGAGAAGCCUUUCCAGUGCGACGUUUGUGACUUGGCUUUUAGCCUGAAGAAAAUGCUGAUCCGACACAAGAUGACUCAUAAUCCCAAUCGUCCGCUGGCAGAAUGCCAGUUUUGCCAUAAAAAGUUUACAAGGAAUGACUACCUCAAAGUGCACAUGGACAAUAUCCAUGGGGAGGCUGACAGCUAA